AUGUCUCAAGUAGAUAAUCAACAAACAGCGAAGUCAAACAGUCCUAGAAUUCAUAAACGUUUUCAUUCUGGUCAUGCACCGUUAAUUGGCAAAAAAAAGAGUAGCUCUUCGGUUUUCUUGCCAAAGAUUUUUAGAUCUUUUAGCAGUGAAGAGAAAACGCAAGAAAAAAAGCAAAAACUUCGAUCGAAAAGCGAACCAAAUAAAUUGAAAUCCACAGAUAUACUAAAGAAUGAACCAUUACAAAUUUGUAAAAUUCCCACUUGUGAUUAUAUGUUAGAUUUAACUAAUUUAGAUGACGGGCCAGAACUUCGAAAAAAAAUUCUGUAUCUAGCUCAUACCUUACUCGACUGGAGAGAUAUUGUCGAUGAAUCACAAAUUCACCUCGAAUCCGUUAGCGGAGCCCUUACAAAUCGCGUCUUUUUCGUGACAGCAUCGCCUAAUCAUAGGCAUUUUUCUGCUAUGCAAAAGAAACCGCGUAAAGUUGUUUUGCGUGUGUACGGAAUAGGCGUCGAUCAACUCUUUGAACGAAAGAAAGAAUUGGAAUUUUUGCAAAUGUUAUCAACUUUGAAAAUAGGGCCAUCGCUUCUAGGAAUAUUCCAAAAUGGACGAUUUGAACAAUACUUGGAUUCAUCCACGCUCACGCGAGAUGAUUUACGAAAUAUAGAAACUUCAAGUCAUAUUGCUCAACGAAUGGCCACUCUUCAUAAUAUUGUUAAUAUCUUUUCACCUCCAAAAGAUACAGUGCCUCAAGUAUGGGUCAAUAUUGAUAAAUGGUACCCUUUAGCAGUAAAAGUCGUCUCAGGACCUGAAUUUAAAAAUGAUCCGAUACGGUCAAAGAGAUUAGAGUUAUUUGAUAUGGAGAGAUUGUACGUUGAAAUACAAGCUUUGAAGGAGAAACUUAAUUCCUUAAAUUCGCCUUUAGUAUUUGCACAUAACGAUACUCAAUAUGGAAAUAUAUUAAGACUAAACGAUGGAUCCAGUGAACUCGUGGUGGUGGACUUCGAAUAUGCAGGUUAUAACUUUCGCGGAUUUGAUAUUGCAAAUCAUUUUUGCGAAUGGUUAUAUAAUUACCACUCCCCUGAUCCACACAUUCCACAUACUGACUGGUACCCCAGCAAGGAAGAACAAUUAAAUUUUUUAAGCUCGUACGUGGAAACAGAAAAAAUACUUUCUGUGGGUGCAUCCUCUUUAUUCGAUGAUCGUAAUCUUGAGGUACGACGUCAGGAAUGUGAAGCGUUUGCAUUAGCUAGUCAUGUAAUGUGGGGACUUUGGGGAUUGGUGCAAGCUGCUCACAGUCAAAUAAAAUUUGACUAUUUUGAAUUUGGAAUGCUCCGUUUGGAGCAGUUCCGACUGAAUAAAUAA